CAAUUUAUUUAAUAAUAAGAUUUUAUAAUAAAAAACUAUUAGCUUAACGUUUAUCAAUAAGAAUCUGGGGAAGUUAUUUCCACUUUUUCAGUAAAAUGGAAAAAUCACGCUUCGAAAAAAGAUUUUUUUCAUGAGAUUAUAUAUUUGUCAAUGAUACGUUAGUCAGUAGAUAUAGAAUAUCUUCCGAUGAUAACCCACAUGUCACUCUUAUUGUACGGAUUUGACUAUAGUUUAGAGCGUACAGCGACGCCGAACAGAUGUGAUUAUUCUAUUAUCUGUCUACAUGUUUCACGGAAACGAAGAGUGAGUGUAAACGUCUUGACGCUUCAGUGUUGCAUAAUAAUAGGAUUACAUAGUGAUUACAUUCUAUGUUGAAAUAAGACAAACUUAUUGGAUCAUCCAAACAUCUACUGAUACUUGUUUCACAGAAUAGUAUAUGUGAUCAUAGUGAUACAAAUAUAUUACAGUGAGUUAUAUGUUAAAAGAGAAUACAGAAGUAUAUCAAUUUGGAAAUGGAAGAAAACUUAAUUAAAGAAACAUUUAUAUGCAAUGGGAAUGUAAUUUCUAAUGAAUUUGAUGAAGCUGAUUUAUCAAGUGAUAAUGAGUCAAAAGAAACUCUAGUAUCAGAUACUCUUGUGUUUUAUGUAAACGGAAAGCAAAUAUCGGACAAAAAUAUAGAUCCACAAUGGACACUUUUAUGGUAUCUUCGCAACAAACUCGGAUUAACUGGCACAAAACUUGGCUGUGCAGAAGGAGGCUGUGGAGCUUGUACAGUUAUGAUUUCAAGAUUUGAUCGUGUUUCUGGCAGAAUUAUUCACUUAGCUGUUAAUGCAUGUUUGACACCGAUAUGUGCUGUACAUGGUCUAGCUGUAACUACUGUAGAAGGUAUAGGUAGCGUAAGAACAAAGUUGCAUCCAGUACAAGAGCGUAUUGCCAAAGCACAUGGAUCACAAUGUGGAUUUUGCACACCUGGUAUAGUUAUGUCUAUGUAUGCCUUGUUACGCAGUAUACCAAAACCAACUAUGGAAAAUCUAGAAAUUGCAUUUCAAGGUAAUCUGUGUAGAUGUACAGGAUAUAGACCGAUUAUAGAGGGAUUCAAGACUUUUACAGAAGAAUGGGAACAAUCACAAUUAAUGGCUAAUGUACGAAAAGAAGAAAUAAAUGAUACACGAGUUUGUUCAAUGGGCGAUGCUUGCUGUAAAAGAGCUUUCACUUCAGAACCCACUGAGAUUUUUAAUUCUAAAGAAUUCUGCCCGUAUGAUCCUACUCAAGAACCAAUAUUUCCACCAAAAUUAAAAAUUGAAUCUAAAUUAGAUGAGCAAUUUCUGAUAGUGAAAGGCAAAAACGUUACUUGGUACCGACCAACAAAUUUCAAGACACUGCUUGCCCUUAAAGAACAGUAUCCAAAUGCCAAAAUUGUGAUUGGCAACACAGAAAUCGGAGUCGAGGUAAAAUUUAAACAUCUAGUCUAUCCAGUACUUAUACAACCAACACAGAUAAAAGAGAUGCAUGAAAUUAUCAAAACGCAAGAAGCAUUGAGAAUAGGUGCAAGUGUGACUUUAGUUAAGCUUGAAGAAACAUUAAAACAUUAUAUUAAAACAGAACCUGAACACAACACGAGGAUCUUUACAGAAAUAAUAAAUAUGUUACAUUGGUUUGCUGGAAAACAAAUAAGAAAUGUUGCCGCCGUAGGUGGCAACAUAAUGACAGGUAGUCCAAUAUCAGAUUUAAAUCCAAUCUUUAUGGCAGCAAAUAUUAAAUUAAAUUUAUGUAGUUUAAAACAUGGAAGUAGAACGAUAUCAAUGGAUCAUACUUUCUUUGUUGGAUAUCGACGUAAUGUCGUUUUACCCGAGGAAGUACUAGUCUCCAUCGAUAUUCCCUUCACAAAAGAGAAUCAAUAUUUUAUUGCUUAUAAGCAAGCAAAAAGACGAGAUGAUGAUAUAGCCAUAGUCAAUAUGGCUUUGAAUGUACAUUUUGCUCCUGAUGAAAAUAUAAUUCAGGAAGCGCAUAUCGCGUUUGGUGGAAUGGCGCCUACAACUGUUUUAGCAAGAAAGACAUGCCAGAAGAUAAUUGGAAAAAAAUGGGAUAAAUCAAUUUUGGAGGAGGUUUACGAUUCUUUGCUCGAAGAAUUACCGUUAGCUGAUGAUGCACCGGGAGGAAUGAUUAAAUAUCGUCGAUCUCUCACUCUCAGUUUAUUUUUUAAAGGAUUUGUGCACAUCUCCAAGAAAUUGUCGGAAAAUAUUUUGACUGUAGAGCACUUGCCAAGGGAAAUAGAAAGCGCAUCAGAGUGUUUCCAUUACAAAGCGCCAAAAAGUUCACAAUAUUACCAAGUGGUAUCCAAAGAUCAGGAAUCACAUGAUCUAAUAGGACGCCCUAUUGUGCACGCUAGUGCAUUCAAGCAAGCAACAGGAGAAGCGAUAUAUUGCGAUGAUAUGCCCAAAUAUACAGAGGAAUUAUACUUAACAUUAGUUCUUUCCACUAGAGCGCAUGCAAAAAUUUUAAGAAUAGAUCCUACUAAGGCAUUAUCCAUGGAAGGAGUCGUAUCAUUUUUUUCUUCAAAAGAUAUAGGGGAAGACAUAAAAUGGGGCCCUAUAUUUCACGAUGAAGAGGUAUUUGUAUCAGAAAAGGUUACGAGUCAAGGUCAAGUAAUUGGUGCAAUUGUUGCUAUAGAUCAAAUUAUUGCUCAGGCUGCGGCAAGAAUGGUUGAAGUAGAAUAUGAAAAUAUAGAACCUAUUAUUAUAUCCAUCGAGGAUGCUAUCGCGCACGACUCAUUCUUCUCUGGCUUUUCCAAUUGCAUCAUUAAAGGCGAUUCAGAAAAAGCUUUUAGAGAAGCAGAUCAUGUUAUAGAAGGAGAAAUACGCAUAGGUGGCCAAGAACAUUUUUAUUUGGAAACGAACGUUGCUAUUGCCGUACCUCGCGAAGAGAAUGAAUUGGAAGUGUUCUGUUCCACGCAACAUCCCACUGAGAUACAAAAAUUAAUCGCUCACGUCUUAAAUAUACACAUCAACAGAGUUAAUGUUCGCGUGAAGCGUUUAGGCGGCGGAUUCGGAGGGAAAGAAUCCCGUUCAUCAUUACUCGCGAUACCAGUCGCAUUUGCAGCACAUAGAUUGCAGAAACCAGUUCGUUGUAUGCUAGACAGAGACGAAGAUAUGCUAAUAAGUGGAACACGACACCCAUUUUUAUUUAAAUAUAAAGUUGGAUUUAAUGAUGCCGGUCUCAUUAAAGUGGUGAAAUUGCAUAUAUACAAUAAUGCAGGCUAUUCUUACGAUUUAUCAGUAGCAGUAUUACAACGUGCCAUGUUCCACUUUGAAAAUUCAUAUAGAAUUCCGGUAUCAGAAGUAUAUGGAUAUAUAUGUAAGACAAAUUUACCAUCAAAUACAGCUUUCCGUGGUUUUGGUGGACCGCAAGGAAUGUUUGUCGCUGAAACUAUCAUUCGACAUAUCGCCGAAUAUUUGGAACUGGAUGUCGUUAAAUUAUCCGAAUUAAAUUUAUACAAAGAAGGUGAUUUAACGCAUUACAACCAACAACUUGUUAAUUGUACCUUGGAUCGUUGUUGGCGCGAAUGUGUAGCAUCUUCUCGUUAUAAUGAAAGAAUAGUCGAGAUCCAACGUUAUAAUAGGGAGAAUCGAUUUAAAAAGAAAGGUCUCGCGAUUGUACCUACAAAGUUUGGUAUAUCAUAUACUCUUUUAACUUUAAAUCAAGCGGGCGCAUUGGUACACAUUUAUACCGAUGGGUCAGUGUUAAUAUCUCAUGGUGGGACUGAGAUGGGACAAGGUCUACAUAUAAAAAUGAUUCAAGUUGCUAGCAGAGUACUAAAAGUAAAUCCAGACAAGAUACAUAUUAUUGAAACAGCUACUGAUAAAGUUCCCAAUACAUCUGCUACUGCGGCAAGCGCUGGAUCCGAUCUCAAUGGCAUGGCUAUUAUGAAUGCUUGCGAGAAAAUUAUGAAACGAUUACAACCGAUAAUAGAUAGCGAUCCAGAAAGUACUUGGGAAGAUUGGAUAAAGACGGCAUAUAGCCAAAGGAUAAGUCUGUCUGCUUCCGGUUUUUAUCGAACACCCAAUAUCGGGUAUUCUUUCGAUACUAAUUCGGGAAAUCCGUUUAAUUACUUUACGUAUGGCGUCGCCUGUACGGAAGUUGAAAUUGACUGUCUCACUGGAGAUCAUGAGGUUUUACGAACAGAUAUUGUUAUGGAUUUGGGAGAGAGUUUAAAUCCAGCCAUUGACAUUGGACAAGUCGAAGGUGGUUUUAUUCAAGGAUAUGGUUUAUUCACGUUAGAAGAAAUGAUUUAUUCACCAACGGGAACUUUAUUCAGUAAAGGACCUGGUGCAUACAAAUUGCCGGGUUUCGCCAAUAUACCUCAGGAAUUUAAUGUUUCUCUGUUAAAAGGAGCUUCCAAUCCAAGAGCAAUAUACUCUUCUAAGGCUGUUGGUGAACCACCAUUAUUUCUAGCAUCAUCUGCAUUCUUUGCUAUUAAAGAAGCAAUUAAGGCUGCACGUAAAGAUAUGAAUAUUCAUGGCUAUUUUAGAUUUGAUGCUCCUGCAACUGCCGCAAAUAUACGUAAUGCAUGCAUAGAUAAUUUGACAAUGAAGAUUAUAGAGCCUGAUUUAAAGCGACAAUGGAAUAUGGUGCCAUAAUCUAUGAAAUUCUUAAGAUAUUGCCUUUAUAUUUUUUAAAUUGUUUUUAUAACAAAAUUAUGAAAAUAACAAUCUAAUACUGUGGAAUACAUAUGGACAAUUUUUUAUCAAUUAUUAUUUUAUCAAAUAAUUAGAGCUUUAAUUGUGUGAUAUAAAUAAGCUUUACAUGUAAUACUAUA